AUGGCUGGUCAACGGGGACCGGCGCCCGAAGCGGGGCAGGCGGCCGGAGGCAGCAGGGGGGUGGUUGGGGGUUCCAGCCCCAACACACUCAUCACACUCAUCUUCCCUCCCGUCACCCAGUGCCUGGAUGGGUUUGACUACGACUUCAAUCUCGGCUCCCACAUGAUAGAGCAGAAGGAGCCCCUGAUGGAUACGGUGGAAGGUCCCUACCUUGUCAUCAUCGAGCAGCCAAAGCAGCGGGGGUUCCGGUUUCGGUACGGCUGCGAGGGCCCUUCACACGGGGGGCUGCCAGGAGCAUCCAGCGAGAAGGGGCGCAAGACCUAUCCCACCGUCAAGAUCUGCAACUACACAGGGAUGGCCCGGAUCGAGGUGGACCUGGUGACACACAGUGACCCUCCCCGUGUGCAUGCCCACAGCCUGGUGAGCAAGCAGUGCAACGAGGCCGGCAACUGCAUCGCGAUUGUGGGACCCAAGGACAUGACGGCUCAGUUCAGCAACCUGGGUGUGCUCCAUGUCACCAAGAAGAACAUGAUGGAGAUCAUGAAGGAAAAGCUGAAGAAGCAGAAGAUGCGUAACAGGAGCCGACUGCUGACAGAAGCAGAGCUGCGUGAGAUCGAGCUGGAGGCAAAGGAGCUGAAGAAGGUGAUGGACCUGAGCAUCGUGCGGUUGCGCUUCACUGCCUACCUCCGCGACAGCAGUGGGAACUUCACGCUGGCCCUCCAGCCUGUCAUCUCAGACCCCAUCCAUGACAGCAAGUCCCCAGGAGCUUCCAACCUGAAGAUCUCGCGGAUGGAUAAGACAGCAGGCUCAGUGCGGGGAGGGGACGAGGUCUACUUGCUGUGUGAUAAAGUUCAGAAAGAUGACAUCGAGGUGCGUUUCUACGAGGAUGACGAGAACGGCUGGCAGGCCUUUGGGGACUUCUCCCCCACUGAUGUGCACAAGCAGUAUGCCAUCGUCUUCCGCACGCCCCCCUACCACAAGCCCAAGAUCGACCGUCCCGUCACCGUCUUCCUGCAGCUGAAGCGGAAGCGGGGGGGCGACGUGAGCGACUCCAAGCAGUUCACCUACUACCCCGUGGUGGAAGAUAAGGAAGAAGUGGAGAGGAAGCGCAAGAAAGUCCUGCCUCAGUUUCCCCAGCACUUUGGUGGGGGCGCGCACAUGGGGGGUGCCGGCGGGGGGGCCGGGGGCUUCGGCUCUGGAGGAGGUGAGUGGGGACACCUCUUCCCCCUCCCUGCUCGGGCAGCCGCGGCCCAGCCCUGGGGGCUCCCCGUGCCCCUCCGGCCUCACCCCGGGCUGGCCUACAACAGCAUCUACUCGUCCAGCCCCCACCCCGUGGGGGGCUACCAUGGGGGUGUGCAGAUGAAGGGCCCUGAGGCAGAGGGGCCCGGGAGCGACAGGCAGGCGCCUGCGGAGAGCGUGUACUGCAAGGAGCUGCAGAAGCAUGCCCAGCUCUGCCAGCUGUGGAUGCUGACGCUGGCCCGUCGCAAUGCCCAUGCCCUGCUCGACUACUCGGUCACCGCCGACCCCCGCAUGCUGCUGGCGGUCCAGAGGCACCUGGCCGCAUCACAGGACGAGAACGGAGACACGCCUUUGCACCUCGCUAUUAUCCAUGAGCAGACGGCUGUGAUCAAGCAGCUGAUCGAGGUCAUUGUUAGCAUUCCCCGCCAGCAGAUCAUCAACAUCUCCAACAACCUGCAGCAGACGCCACUGCAUCUGGCAGUCAUCACCAAGCAGCCCCAAGUGGUCCAGCUCCUGCUGCAAGCCCAUGCCGACCCCACCUUGUUGGAUCGCUACGGCAAUUCCCUGCUGCACCUGGCACUCCAGGCUGGUGAUGAAGAGAUGCUGAGGACGCUGCUGGCCCACCUGGGCUCGGCUGCCCCUUACCUGCUCCACCUGCCCAAUUACCAUGGCCUCCUGCCUGUGCACCUGGCCGUGAAGGCAAAGAGUCUGGCCUGCCUGGACCUGCUGGUCAGGAAGGGAGCGGACGUGAAUGCAGUGGAGAGGCAGUGUGGGAGGACCCCGCUGCACCUGGCUGUGGAGAUGGAGAACCUGAACAUGGCCACCCACCUGGUGAAGAAGCUGGGAGCAGACGUCAACAGCCGGACUUUUGCCAGGAACACCCCCCUGCACCUGGCUGCCGGCCUGGGCUCCCCCACCCUCACCAAACUGCUCCUCAAAGCUGGGGCAGACAUGAUGUGUGAGAACGAUGAGCCCAUCAGCCCAUCCUCGUCGGAGGCCAGCAGCGACACGGAUGCUGACCCCGAGGAGCAGGAGCUGGCCAUGGAGCUGGGGGAGCCGGCCCCAGCCGUGGUGCACGGCACCAACCCCAAGCCCCCUGCGCAGGGGCACGGGCAGGCAGGGCACAGGCAGCACCGCUGCCACACGCCCCUGGACCUGACUCGAAGCCAGAAGGUGCGGGAGACCCUGCUGCAGGCCUCCCAGCAGGGCCCCGAGGUGGAGCUGCCCGCUGCCCCCUGGCCAGGGAAGGUCCUGUCGCUGGACAGUGAGGCGCUGCAGGGGCUGGAGCAGCUGCUGAACCAGGACUGCAGUGGGUCGGACUGGAUCGAGCUGGCCAAGCGCCUGGGGCUCUGCAGCCUGGUGGAGACCUACAAGGACACCCCCUCGCCCAGCAUCAGCCUCCUGCGCAGUUACGAGCUGGCGGGGGGCAGCCUGGAGGGGCUGCUGGAGGCGCUGGACUCCAUGGGGCUCCACAAGGCCGUGAGGAUGCUCCACAAAACAGAGGCGCUGGAGAAGCUGCAAAGCACAGAGCUGAAGGAAGACAGUGCCUAUGGCAGUGAGUCGGUGGAGGAGGAGCAGGCGCCUGUGCUGGCCCUGAAGCCGGGGCCGGGGGGUGAGCUGCCCCACAGCCAGCAGCCGCAGGGUGGGUCGGUGGAGGAGGAGCAGGCGCCUGUGCUGGCCCUGAAGCCGGGGCCGGGGGGUGAGCUGCCCCACAGCCAGCAGCCGCAGGUGCACUGA